AUGGCUGCCAAAGCACCCCUCGACGUCAUCAUUGGAGCUGGCAAUAUUGGAGACAGAAGUAUUGACAAAACCGUGCGGUACGACACACCUCAAGAAGUUAAUGCAUACUUGAACGCUUUCUAUGAUCGCGGCUACAAGCAUAUUGAUACCGCUCGCGCGUACUCGACCGGUGCACCAGGAACAUCCGAGCCCAGACUUGGUGCUGUUGAGGCCGGCAAGAGGUUCACCAUCGACUCUAAAGCGCUAUCCAGAGAGCCAGGGAGCCACACAAAGGAGAAAAUCGCCAAUGAGGUAGAGGCGUCUCUCAAAGCUCUAAAGGUUGACCAAAUCAACAUCUAUUACCUGCACCAGCCUGACCGAGAGACUCCAUUUGAGGAGACUUCUAGCGAGGUUGAACAAAUUGUCGAGAUUUGUGAACGUCGCGAAUUUGUGAAGCCGAGUGUCUAUGAGGGACAAUACAACCCUAUUGUCCGAGGAGGAGAGAAGACAUUGUUCCCUCUUCUGCGCAAGAACAACAUUGCAUUCUAUGCUUGGAGCCCUGCUGGAGGAGGCUUCUUCGCUGGAAACCACAAGAAUGGCAAAUCAGGCGGCCGUUUCGACACAUCUACCUUUCUCGGAGGCGUCUACGCGCAACUGUAUCUCAAGCCUUCAAUCGAGGUUGCAACGGAUAAUGCUUUGGCAAUUGCCGCCAAGCACGGCAUUAGCGGCCAUGCUGUUGCCUUGAGAUGGACUGUGAACCACAGUGUUCUUGACAGGAAGCAUGGUGAUGCCAUCAUCAUUGGCGCAUCCAACCUCGACCAGCUCAACUCCAACCUCGACGUGAUUGAGCAAGGGCCUCUGCCUGAUGAUGUCGUCAAAGCUAUCAAUGCUAUCCAUACCGCCCUUGGCUCUGAUGAGGUCCCUUAUCACUUUUAG